CACACAUCACAUCUCUUUGGGCACCGAGUCUGAGAGGUGUGCAGCCGAAGAUUUUCUCUCCUCAAGGUGAAUGCAGCCUCAAGGGGUCAUCUUUUUGCUCCUUCCCCACCUGGGGCCCAUCCUGGUCUGGCUCUUCACUGGUAAUCAGCUGUCUGGUUGGUGUGAGGACCUGAACAAGCUGUCCUGGUGCCCACCCCACAAAGUCAUAUUGCUUCUAUGGACAGUCAUCUACUCUGUCAUGGGAUAUGCCUCCUACCUGGUGUGGAAGAACCUGGGAGGGGGCUUUGGGCCGCCCCUGGCCCUGCCUCUCGGCCUCUAUGCAGCACAGUUAGUCCUCAGCUGGACCUUCUUGAUUCUGUUUUUUGUAGCCCACAACACUGGCCUGGCCCUGCUGCACCUGCUGCUGCUGUACGGACUGGUGGUGAGCACAGCGCUGACCUGGCACCCCAUCAACAAGCUGGCUGCCCUGCUCCUGCUCCCCUACCUGGCCUGGCUUACCAUGACUGCUGCCAUCACCUACCAGCUGUGGAGGGCCAGCCUUUGUCCAAUGCACCAGCCUCAGUCUACAGGGAACAAGAGUGACUGAGACCCUACGGCAUGGGAGGGGAGGGAAGACAGCUGGGCGGAAGACGGAGGCUACAGCAGGAAGGGCUGUAGAGCUAGGGCUCUCCCACGGCACUCACCCUCCCACAUCCCGUGGUGCUCCUCCUUUUUUUUUUUCUAAGAAUUCAGAGGAGAGAGUGGAACUUAUUUUACAUGUAAAUAGUCAUACCCUGCUAGGAGCUUUGAGGGCGUGAUGUGACGGGUGUGUUUGAGAGGAUGAUGUCUAGUGCCACAGUGGGAACUCACAGCCGUGAGUGAGCACACGUCCAUGAUCAUGAGAGGGGUGGGCACACCACCCUCACUCCACUCACGUCCCCCAAACCUGGCUCAAAGGUUUAGCACUGAGAUGUUUAAUGACCUAAAAACAACAUAUUUUUUGAAAAGUUACAUAAAACCAAGACAACCAUAAAGUAAAAAAGGGGUACUAAUUCUACACACUAGGGCUUUGUAUUAUAUAUUUUAAUCUGUGUAUCACAUUGUUAUAGAAUAUAUUGGGUGGUCGGAAAAGUCAUGACCUAUUUUUUCUGGUUUUUUAAUGCAAAGAUGCAUCAUGACUUUUCUGAUGACCCAAUAUAUAUUCUUGCUUAGAGCUGAUGUGAU